AUGCCCGAUCCCGGAGAUUCUUCGAGAUCGAGCAGCCCUGGCGUGAGAGAUGAUGCCGUCCCUGAGCUUGUGGUAGAUGCGGGUGACCGUGAUGCUCUACUUGAGGCUCCGAAGCCUCGGGCGUCGCAAGCCACCUUGACCUUGCCUGCCCGUGUGGGCCGCACGAGCCGGACCAGAGGCCGUCUAAGCGUGAUGCAAGCCGAUGCGCUGAAGUCCUCCAGGGCUGCCCUGGAACAGCGGCACCACUUGCACUCCAACGUAAGCAAUGCAAGCGAGGACACACAAGAGCCAGCGGUGUCACAGCCCUUAAGUGUGGGGCCAGUGGGGCUUGCUAGCCUUGCUGGCCACGAUGACAUACGAAGCCUGGUCGCCGAGAUGACAGUAGCCAGAGAGGCGCUCCAGUCCGCGAGAGAUGAGACAGAGGCUCUCGCAGCUUUAGGUGGCGACAUGGAGGACACGGGCAAUGGCGAUGGCAGGCGGGCAGAAUUUGCGGAAUGGGCGGGGCAAAGGCAGGAGCUGGAAGCUGAAGUCCUUGAGCUGAGGGCAUCUCGGGAAGCUCAACGGCAAGCAAGCCUGGAGAUAGAGAAGGCCGAGGAUCGCAUGAGUCUUGAGAUUUCUGAGCAGAAGCAUCAACUGGCUUUGCAGACGGAGGCUGGCCUGCAAGCCACGCUGGAGAUGCAGGCGCAGCAGGAGACCAUGCAGGCCAUGAAGCGCGAAUGCGAGUCCCUUCGCCAAGGUGAACAGAAGCAGGCAGAUCUGAAGGCCGAAGUGUCCGAGGAAGCCGAGGUAGCAGCCGUGGAGAUGCGGCAGCUGCAAGAGGCCGUCCUGAAGGACGAGCAGCGGAAGGGUGAUCUUGCCAAGCUGGAGCUCACGGUGGCCGAAUCGCGAGCGCAGGAAGAGAGGCGACUGGCAACAGUGGCCGAACUGGAAGCUGCCAAGUCAGAUCAGAAGUCGCUCCAGGCGGAGGUCUCUGAAAUCAAGGCCGAGGCUUCCGAGCUCCAUGCAGAGCUCCGCGAGAGCCGCAGCUGCGAGGUGUCGGAGCUGUCGCUUGCCGAGGAGAGGGCCGCUUCAACACAGCGGGCCCAGGAGGAGCUUCAAGAGCUUCAGAAGGAGCUUCACUCGGAGCUUCGGAGCUGGCAAGUCCAAGAAGAGCAGAGGAAGGCGGAGCAAGAGGCGAGCCUCGAGCAGCUCAGGUGGCGCAGCGAGCGCCGCGCCCGGGAGCUUGAGGAGCUCCGGGAGCUUGAGGAGGAGUGCCAGCGGUUCGGGGGCCAAGAGAGGGCGAGGCAGAGCGAAGUUGAAGCCCUGCGGGCCGAAGUUGCGCGGCAGAGCCGCGCUCAAGAGGAGCUUCGAGGGCUGCUGAGCCAGGAGCAGGAGAGAAAUGAAGCUCUUGUGCAGGCAGAGCACCGGCUGUCGGCAGCUUUGAGCAGUCGUAGGGGCUUGGAGCCGAAAGCAGGCGUGUCGGACGCAGCUGGGGUGGAGGGGCAUCAGGGGCAUCAAGAGCUGAGCAUGCAAAUGGAGUCGCUGCGCCAGCAAGAGCUGGACUUGAAACGAGCGAUAGCUGCUCACAGGUAUGUCGUCCGGAACUCGACGUCCUUGCCCCUACCUGCCCCAGCACCUGGACCGACCGCUCGUAAACAGGAAUCAGCUGACGCGUCUGCGGAUGAAGACCUCGAGGACGAAAUCGGUACAACUGUGAAGUUGUCUAGUCGGCCGAGUUCAUCGGAAUGCCAAGACUUCCUCUUUGCUUUGCGAAGAUCGGGAAUGUCUGGUUCGACAAUAUCUUGGCUUCAGGGAGCGACCUAG